AUGAGACCUACUCAGAUGCUCCGCGGAGGCGGCGAGCCUAACCCCAAGGUCGGCCACUUCAUUGGUGACUGGGGCAGCAUUGGUGGUCAAAAGCAGAGGGGCAUCAUCCACUACGGUCUGUCCGCCAACCGACAGAACCCCAUUGCCGGCGUUGCUCACGACGCCAUCUUCAACACCUUCCGCCGCACCAAGUCUCAGAUCUUCUACUGGCUCCCUACCGCCCUUGCCGGAUACUGGCUGAUGAGCUGGGCCACCGACUACAACCACUUCCUUAACUCUAAGGAGGGUCGUGCCCUGCACGCCAAUGACGAGGAGUAA